GGUCAGCAUGUGGAAAAGGCACAAUAGAUGAGUGCCUGUUGACAGUUGCAGAGAGUAUUAAUCUGGCUCAUGAGAAAACUAAUUAUGUGAAAACAGUGAUUGAGAACAUGUCUGGCCAAGGUCGAACAGUGGGAGGGAAAUUUGAAGAACUAAAGACCAUUAUCGAACAUGUCAAGGACAAAUCUAGAAUUGGUGUUUGCCUGGACACUUGCCAUGCUUUUGCAGCUGGCUUUGAUUUGUCUUCUGAGGAGGGCUUCAACAAAUGUAUAGAGAGUUUUGACAAGAUUAUUGGCCUACAUUAUCUGUGUGCAUUGCAUCUGAAUGAUUCCAAAGGAGAGUUGGGUUGUCGCCUUGACCGUCAUGAGAACAUAGGCAAGGGUCACAUUGGCCUAGAAGGUUUUCGCUACGUAAUGAGUGAUCCACGCCUGAACAACAUUCCCAUGAUUCUUGAGACUCCAGUGAAUGACUAUGCCAAGGAAAUCAAAAUUUUGUGUGACUUAGAAAAUGUUUAG